AUCUUCAGUUUGGUAAAUCUGAACCUCCUUUGACAAACAAGCCUGUAUCAGGCAUUUGAGUUUCUAAUAAUAUUACGUUCACCCUUUUUCUAAGAUGGCAGAGAAAGCUUACAAGAGGUCUCUCCGUCGACGACCGAUUCCAACUCGUUUCAGGAAGGAGUAUGUUUCCGAAAUUUCUAGCGAUAGCGGAGAGGAAGCAUCAUAUGAUUCUGACGACGACGUAUUCACGCCCGAUGAUUCUGACUGGUCUGGCGAUCAGGCAUCAUCGGAUGAUUGUUUCGAGGAGUACGAUUGCGAGGAUGAGAUGGUGGUGUUGGAGGACGACGACAAGGAGGAGGCGGAAGAGGUGGAGGAAGAAAGUGAGGUUACCCCAUUUGGUUUAGGUUCUGAAGGUUUUGAUGGACAUUCUUAUAACAUCACAGGACGAAUGGUGCCUACUAGAGGAGGUGGUCAGGCGGCUAUGGUACGCUUAGAGCGCGCUGCAGAGCUACGUAAAUGGCGACCAAUGGAUGAAGAGUCGUCAUUCAAAGUUCACAAAUUUAAAGGUCCAGCACCUGGGUAUAAAGGUAUGUUUGGGGCCAGAACUAAAUCUAUAGAUUAUUUUGAUAUCUUUUUUAAUCACACCAUUUUGCAGUUGAUUGUUAACCAAACAAACUUAUAUUUCACCCAGUCAAAUCCUGGAACAACAUUCGUUGAACUGACCAUUGAAGAACUACAAGCGUUCUUUGGUAUGGUCAUUAUGAUUUCGACAAAAGGAGUGAGGGUGCUAAGGCACAUCUGGUCUAAGCUCCCGUACUUUCACGACAAAGCAUUAGCCAGCAUCAUGACGCGUCGUCGUUUCUUUUGGAUAUCACGUAAUCUUCACUUCAACGACAACACCCACAUGCCGAAAGAUCCAAAUCCGGACCGUCUAUACAAACUCCGUCCAAUUCUUGACCAUAUGAAAGCAGCGUAUCAACGUCACUACAACCUCUCAAAACACAUUGCUAUUGACGAAGCUAUGGUGAAAUUUAAAGGGAGACACAGCGGAAAACAGUACGACCCUUCAAAGCCUACCAAGCGAGGAUUUAAGGUGUGGACGCUCGCGGAUUCAAUGACAGGUUAUGUCUACAACUUUAACGUCUACAUGGGAAGGUUCGGAAAUCCAGAUAAUAGAGAUCUGGGUUUUAGAGUCGUCAAAGGCCUAAUAACUCAUAACUUGCAUCACUGCUACCACCGCCUUUAUUGUGACCGCUUCUUUACCUCUGUACCCCUCCUAAAAGAUUUAAAGAGAAUUGGUAUGUAUUGCUGUGGGACUGUUCAACACGACCGCCAAGGCUUACCAACCGAAAUCGUAAAUCUGAAAUAUUCAGCGAAUGAUAUGCCUCGUGGUGAAUCGCACCUUUCAAAACACAAGGACGGAUUCUGUAGCUAUGCCUGGAAGGAUCGCAAGCUAAUCUACUUUCUCAGCAGCGCACAUUCAGGAGAUUUGCCAUUAACUGCAGUCAUUCGCACAAUUGAUCAGAAAGGAAAUAGAGGUGAGGUACCCUGCCCUCAAGCCUGUUACGAUUACAACAUGUACAUGGGAGGAGUGGAUAGGGCUGACCAGCUCAGAUCAUACUACUGUGUGGAUAGGAAGUCAAGACGCUGGCAUAUGAGACUGUUUUGGCACAUCUUCGACACAACUGUCACCAAUGCCUACAUCAUUCACAAAGAAUGGCAGUUCAGAAACAAAGUUCCACCGACUUCACUUAUAAUGUUCCGUUAUUACCUUGCAGAACAGCUUAUGGGAGAUUUUUCCUCGAGGCAAAGAGUGGGGCGACCUGCUGCUGCACUUUCUAUGCGUGUGAACGCUUCUCAUGAACACGUUAUUGUUGAUUUAAGGACCGAAGGUUUUAUCAUCAAACGUCGCUGUCAAGUUUGCUUGCGUAAUAUUUUGAGACACGAGACUUACUUCGGUUGUGCUCAGUGCGACAACGUUCCGCUGUGCAAUAAUUCAGUUAGACAAUGUUUUGAAAACUUUCAUAAAAAUUCUGCAAACUGAACGAACACUAUAAGCUUGAGUAAUUUGAAGUUGUCUUUUUUUUUUUUUUUUUUUUUCUAGAAGAGGGGGUUAGAAGUCUUGAGAGUUGAUAGCUGUGUAUUACAAUGAAAGAGCCUAACUUUUGCCCGUCCGGGAUAGAAAGACUAUCACUAUCUUCAAACACAAGUAAAACCAAUAAAAUGAAACACUUCCAAUUCAUAAUAAUAUGAUAUGGCAUUGCAAUGUAUUGUUUUUUAAAUGUCGUUUACUGUUUACUUUUUGUAUUGGAAUAAUAAAUUGUAUAAAAGUAAUUUGCUCUGGCUCAGUUUUUAGAGUAGCAUUGAUAUCUUCC